GUCGCGCGACCGCAAGCGCUCCGCGUCGCCGAAGCGCAAGCGCUCCGCGUCGCCGAAGCGCAAGCGCUCCGCGUCCCCAAAGCGCAAGCGCUCCGCGUCGCCGAAGCGCAAGCGCUCCGCGUCCCCGAAGCGCAAGCGCUCCGCGUCGCCGAAGCGCAAGCGCUCCGCGUCGCCGAAGCGCAA